AUGUCACUGCCUGAUGGACCCCUCGACAUUAGCCACAAGUUCGGUGUUGACGGCAAUUUCAUUGUCAUCAAUGUUGAAAAUCUUCUGAUUGACUGGCCUACAUACCUGGUUAAGUUUACACCAAAGAAUCCAGGCCCUGUCAAGCUCAUCUUGCACUUAAAAGAUGCGUCAAAGCUCACCUGGGAUCAAGACAGCGACACAGAGACACCAGCAUCUAUACUUGAACUUGGACAUUCUUUAGACAGUUGUCUAGAACGUAUUGACAGACCUUUGGUCUUAUUGGUUGAUUGUUUGCCUGCGUUAUACUUCGGUGUAACACAAACGAUCCUUGCACAGCACCAUGACGGACACUAG